CGCUGACCCGGUCCCCGUUUCAUGGCCUCCUCGGCGCCGCCCCCACCGGACAAGCUGGAGGGAGGUGGCGGCCCCGCACCGCCCCCUGCGCCGCCCAGCACCGGCAGGAAGCAGGGCAAGGCCGGUCUGCAAAUGAAGAGCCCGGAAAAGAAGCGAAGGAAGUCAAAUACUCAGGGCCCUGCGUACUCACACCUGACGGAGUUUGCACCACCCCCGACUCCCAUGGUGGACCACCUGGUCGCAUCUAACCCUUUUGAGGAUGACUUCGGAGCCCCUAAGGUGGGGGCUGCAGCCCCUCCAUUCCUUGGAAGUCCUGUGCCCUUCGGAGGCUUUCGUGUUCAGGGAGGCAUGGCAGGCCAAGUACCCCCAGGCUAUGGCGCGGGGGGUGGAGGGGGUCCCCAGCCACUCCGCCGACAGCCUCCUCCUUUCCCUCCUAACCCUAUGGGUCCAGCUUUCAAUAUGCCUCCCCAAGGCCCUGGCUACCCGCCCCCAGGCAACAUGAACUUUCCCAGUCAGCCUUUCAACCAGCCUCUGGGUCAAAACUUUAGCCCUCCUGGUGGGCAGAUGAUGCCAGGCCCAGUGGGGGGAUUUGGCCCCAUGAUCUCACCCACCAUGGGACAGCCCCCCAGGGGGGACCUGGGGCCUCCUCUCCCUCAACGCUUUGCCCAGCCAGGAGCACCUUUUGGUCCUUCUCUCCAGAGACCUGGUCAGGGACUUCCGAGCCUGCCUCCCAACACGAGUCCCUUCCCAGGUCCAGACCCUGGCUUUCCUGGCCCCGGUGGUGAGGAUGGGGGAAAGCCCUUGAAUCCGCCUGCUCCCACAGCUUUUCCCCAGGAACCCCACUCGGGCUCCCCAGCAGCUGCUGUUAAUGGGAAUCAGCCGAGUUUCCCCCCCAGCAGCAGUGGGCGAGGUGGGGGCACUCCAGAUGCAAACAGCCUGGCCCCCCCUGGCAAGGCAGGCGGGGGCUCGGGGCCCCAGCCUCCGCCGGGUCUGGUGUACCCCUGCGGUGCCUGUCGGAGUGAGGUGAAUGAUGACCAGGACGCCAUUCUCUGCGAGGCCUCCUGCCAGAAGUGGUUCCAUCGCGAGUGCACGGGCAUGACCGAGAGCGCCUACGGGCUGCUGACCACGGAGGCCUCGGCCGUCUGGGCCUGCGAUCUCUGCCUCAAGACCAAGGAGAUCCAGUCCGUCUACAUCCGCGAGGGCAUGGGGCAGCUGGUGGCUGCUAAUGACGGGUGACGUUGGCACCGCGGCCUGGGGAAGUGCACAUUUCCCUCCCUGCUUACCCGGGGCCAUGGAGUGGCUCCUGGUCCGCGUUUCCACUGGCUUCCCAUCCGUUCCCAGUGGAGCAGAAACAUGAUGGUUCCUAAGGGCAGGAAAGGAACUGAGGUGGGCAGGCAGAAGAGCCCGAUGGCUCAUUCUUCUGGAAACUUGUGCUUCGAGAUCUGCAGUGAUCCAGGAAGCCAAAAGCCCUGUGGAGGCAGAGCCAUUCUGUGGCUGUCUGGAAGCCUGAGGGUGUGGCUGCAAGAGAGAAGGGGCUGACGGGACUUCUGGAGGGCAAGGGUUCCUGUGCGCAAACGACAGAUGCCCCCAGCACCUGUGCCUACAAUCCGCAGCUCCAGUCUUAGCUUUUGGAGUCAAGUGUUCAAAGUUUCUGGCCAGAGGAGUUGGCUUUCUUCACAUUCCUACACCAGUCCUUUCCUGGGCUCUGGGAACAAUAGGGACCUCUCCCUUUCUCUGCCCCCCUUCUUGGUUCCCCAGACCUAUCUUGCUCUUACCCACUCAGAGCACCAAAUAGCUGAAGGAGCAGGAGAGUUCCUGGCGAGGGCCCUGACUAGGCCUGGGGCUCUAAGGACAGAAGGUAAGGUGCCGAGAAGACGUGUUCCUCAUACCAAAGUCACUGGCCCUUUCUGAGCUUUUCUCUUGACCACAUUUCUUUUUGCCAAAAAUUGAGAUAUGUCGGGCUGGAGAGAUGGCUUAGCGGUUAAACGCUUGCCUGUGAAGCCUAAGGACCCCGGUUUGAGGCUUGAUUCCCCAGGACCCACGUAAGCCAGAUGCACAAAGUGGCGCAUGCAUCUGGAGUUCGUUUGCAGUGGCUGGAGGCCCUGGUGUGCCCAUUCUCUCUCUCUCUCUGCCUCAUUUCUCUGUCGCUCUCAAAUAAAUAAAAUAAAAUAAAUUAAAAGUUUGAGAUAUGUGAACUGACAGACAAGAGUAUUUGAACUUUGGGCUGUCUUGGGAAUCUAGAUUCUGCCAGUAGAACUCCCUCCCUGUUCAUCUGUUGCACAUUGCUAUAGCGCCAUUCUUAACUUUUGGCGCCUUUAUUUCCCUGCCUCACUGGCCUGAUUGAAGGAAAGCUUGAAGGUCGCAGGGCCCUUAUACCUCAUUUCCUGCCUGAUAAAUGGGUCCAAGUAAAGCCCUGUUCCAGCCUUACGGGAAGGGGAGGCAGCGGGAUCCCCAAAGCCAGGACACGGAAAAGGUAGAAGAGCCGAGUUUUCUGCUUUGCCCUUUCUGCCCUUGGGUAUCAUCCUGGGUCAGGUGAUGGAGCAGUUCUCACUCUUCCCUGCCAGUCCCGCACUGGGCAUGGUUCUUAUUUUUGUCAGCGCUGCCCGCUAGUGAUGGGACUGGGGCCUGACCAGGAGCCCUCCAGCCACAUUCCUCAAAUGGGCAGGGAAGCCUGGGUGUGGCCAUGCUGAGAGAGAAGUCCCCGUGCCCAGCUCUGGGUGUGGUAGCUGAGAUGCCCUCUGGGGGUCCCCUGCCCAUGGGGAGAAGACACUGGUGCAGUGGAGCCAGCACUCUCUGAGGCUGAGGAUCCUGCCUUCCCCUCUUCCUCCACAGCAAACCCCCUUGCGUGGCAGCUCGACUUUCGCUCGUGUUUCUGUUUGCCCUUAUUAUCUGUUGCUCCUUUUCUAUCAUCGCUCCCUCCACAGUUUGUACAGUGCUCCUGGGGAGCGCCUGUCCCUCCACUACUUUUUGGAAGAACAUAUGAGUCAACAGAAAUGUGCUUGUGGGGUCUUUUUGUAAGGUUGGACUAAUAAAAUGACUUGAAAAUCCAAA